CCGUCUUCUUGAGCAUGCGCAGAGGAGCUCCGGCGCCCCGGCUCGGCGUGAAGCAGGGGGCGGGGUUUGCGUCGGGCGACGCCUCGACCGACUUGCUGCGCGCCGCCAUCUUGACCAACUACCUUUUCGCGCCCUCUCUUCGCAGCCGUGCAGCACGAGCGGGCGCCGCGGGGUCAGCCGCGCCGGCGCCUGCGUUCACCGAUGUGCCACGGGCCGGUGGGAGGAGGUGACGUGCCGCCUCUGUGCUGCCCUGCGCCGCCGCCGCUCGUGUCGCCGCUCAGAGACCUCUGCUGGAGCGCACCGCGAGAGCCCGCCGAGCCUGCGGCAGCCAGGACCACCGCCGACGCGGUUCCAUCGUCGACGACUGAGGAGGCGAACGGCAUCGACGACCAGGCGCCGGACUCAGCGUCUACUCAGCGGCCGGGCGUCGCGUCGCCUUCAGUCCCGCCAGGCGGCUUGGGACCGGCGCUGGCCAGCGAGUCGUCGGCGUCCUCAGCUAGUCUGCCGUCAGCGGCCGGUCUGCCUCCAGAGCUGGCCGGAGUACACCCGGCUGCGGCGGCAUCAUUGGCCGACCUUCAAGGUGCCGCUGGCCUUCCCUUCUUCCGAGGUCCCAUCGCCAUGCUGCCCCGGCCGCUGCUCUGGUGGCCGCUCUCCGAAGGUGUGCAAGAGACGGCCGCCAAGCUACUCUUCUGCAGCCUGCGCUGGAUCCGCAGCGUGCCGGCCUUUGCGCAGCUAUGCUGCCGUGACCAGCUGCUCUUGCUCGAGGCCUCCUGGAGCGACGUUUUCCUGCUCAGCGCAGCGCAAUGGGGAUUCCCGCUGGUCACUGCCACUGUGCCAUGA